CCCUCCUACGAUGCCUCUGGCUUCUCACCUCUACCCAGCGACCCUCCAGUCACAGGUGUUCCUGCUCGCCCGCCGGCUGAGGAGGUGCCUUUCCCAGUCAUUCAUUCGGAUGGUGACCCAGAGCCGGAGGGGGAGAGUUUAUCUGGGCAGCCCGCUUUUUCGUCUGUCUUAACUGUGAUGGCGGGAACCGUCAAACAUCCUGUGAGGCUUGAUCAGAGCAGAACUGUGCCAACCAUCACCAGGGAUGAGACUCACACCACUCAAUGGCCUUCAGGUAGUUCCAGCCUCGGCUCGGAUGUGUCGUCCCCAUCGUCACAUGCGAUGGAUAAGACCCUUCCAGCCAGCUCAGAGGCAGAGAUGGAUGAGUUAACUGCAGGAACAUCCCGAGCAGUCGUGCCCACUUUCCCCAAAGAAAAAGAGCCCGGUCUUUCCCCGUCUCAGUCUGUCAGAGUCACCCUCUCUGCCGAACCCACAGAGAGGACAUCUCAGGAAGCGCCUCUGAACCCCCGACAGGACACCACUACAGCCUCUGUGAAGCUGACCACCUCGACCGUGGCUUCAACCACAAAAAGUUACAACCCCACCACCCCCCUGCCUUCCCUGAGAGUGACCCCGCAGUCAGCGGCUGCUACCACGCCGCCGCCCGCGCCUGUGACCAGGAGAACCACAACCAACACGGUCGUCAGGACUCACACCAGCAGGAGGACGUUCCCACCGCCCGUCCCGAGAACAAGCCCCCCCAGAGUUCUCACCACCGUCUUUAUCUCCCCAUUCACAACCACCACGGAAUCUCCACCUCAACAGUGCAACAUCACGGAGAAGCUGUGGGUGAAAACAGUUGUCUCCAUCUAUGUGAGGAGAAACAGGCUGGACAGCAUUCAGAGGCAGAACCUGAGAAGAGGACUGAGUCAAGGCCUGAGGAAGGCUCUGAAUGAUUCCUCUGCUCAAGCACAGGUGGAGACUGUCUUUGGUUCUCCCAACAUGACGGUGGCUUAUCAUGUGACCGGAGGGGACAUGGUUUACCCUCCGUCUGUGGUGCUGGAAGGCUUGGCGUCCUACGGCCGCGAUAAGCUGAUCGCAGACCUGCGGCAGUACCUCCCCAUGGUAACAGCCCUGCCUCUACCGAUCGCAUUAUGGAGAAGCAGCCCAGCCACCGGCUUCCAGCUGAAAACAGUGCUGCAGUUCGUGGGAGUGGGGGACGACCCUCGGUCCUGCCGCUUCUCUCAGAUGAUGGAGCAGAGGCUGGAGAAGGUGUUCUCUGAAGCGCAGGCCAAAGUGCUCAACGCUAACAGCAGACUCUCUGUCCAGAUGCUGAGCGUCUCCCAGACAGCAGCCUCUCCUGCUGUGUCACUGGUCUACGCUGUGAGGAAUGGCUCUGCCUUCCUUAACGGCACUGCUGCCUCCAACCUUCUCGGUCAGCUGUCGGCUGAGCUGGUGGGCUACUUCCUCUUCUACCCCCCGCUGAUCAUUGCUGAGCCUCUAGAAUACCACAAUCUGAACACCUCAGUUGCGACUAGAGACUUCUGGGUUGUCACAGUGAUCCAGGAUGUGGAUAACGCCAGCCUGGAGGGACAGUACCAGAGCUUUGCCAGUUUAAUGGAGCAGCGGCUGGCAGAGCUGUUCGUGUUGGCGGGCCAGCAGGGCACCCGUUUCAGACGCGCCACCACCGUGGGCGGGUACACCGUCCAGAUGGUGAGCAUCCGCAGGGUGUCUGGAGUGAAGAAUCCAGCAGAGAUGACCUACUAUGUCCAACUCAAUGGCAUCGCUUUAUCGGGCACGUCGGCCGCCAAGGUCCUGAACACAGUGGACUCUCAGACCAUGGCCCUCACCCUGGGCUACUUCGUCCAGCUGCAGGCGGAACCGGUGGUCAAGAACCCUCCUAAUAAUCUGUGGAUAAUCGCUGCUGUUUUGGCCCCGAUCUGUGUUGUGACACUUAUUAUCAUCAUCAUCACUGCUGUGCUGUGCAGGAAGAAUAAGAAUGACUUUAAAGCUGAUGCCAUCGGUAACCUCAAUCCUCGAGCUAAGAUGGCGUAUCGGAGAGAUGUUGGCUAUUACCAUCAGCCUGUUCAAGGCUUUGACUAUGCGAAGCAGCAUCUGGGCCAACAAGGAGGAGACGAGGAGACGCUGCCUGCCAGCCAGGACACCUUAGUGAUGUCCCUUCAAAUCCGGGACACGCCUCUUUCCCUGGAAAAGUCUUUGCACCAAGAUGGAACCGCGAGCAAGAAAAGCCUCACUGCUGACAAACAUAAAAGCAAGUUGCCAAGUGAGGAUGGCUCCGUCAUCAGCAACGAAUCAGAGAAGCUGAAUUCCUGCAGGGGCUUGGCGGUGCCGAAAGUCACAGCACAGCAGAAACUGACAAAGGAGGAGACGCGCAAGAGGGAUGAUCCGUAUGACACCUCCUCUGGCUCCCUCCAGCUCAUUUCCAUAAAGCCCAUGGGGGCUCAAACCAACUACUCGCAUCCCGCAUCCACGGAGCGCAACUACAACUCGGCCAUCAUCAAUGGAGAGGUCAACCUGGCGCUCAAGCAGAAGUCAGACAUUGAGCACUACAGAAACAAGCUGAGGCUGAAGGCUAAGAGGAAGGGCUAUUAUGACUUCCCGUCCACCAACGGCAGCAGUGGCGAUCAAGCCCUGGUGCAGCGGCAGCGGCACGGAGAUGAGAGGGCAGCCGGUGAGCAUGGCAGACCUCUGGAGCCUGAUGAUGAGCGAGGUUCCACUUAUGUCAAGUCUCACAGGAGGCAGUCCCAGGUAGGGCAGACGGCCUAUCGCAGCAGACAAAGCUUGAGCAGUCCGAGCCCCGGAGGAACAGAGAUGGACUUGCUCGUAAUGAGAGAGAGACCGAGGAGAGGAAUCCGCAACAGCGGCUAUGACACCGAGCCGGAGUUGAUCGAGGAGACGAAUGUUGAUCGUCUCAUGGGGACGCGGGGCUACAUGUACGGCCGCGGCCUGAAAGGCCACUCAGAGACGUCCACUCUGAGCUCACAGCCCUCCAUUGAUGAAGUGCGGCAGCAGAUGCACCUGCUGCUGGAGGAGGCAUUCAGCCUGGCCUCAGGAGGGCAGUCCACGUCCGGAAGACACUCCCACCACCAGCCGCCCCCUCCGGACCACUACAGCCCCGCACCGCCCCCACUCCCCUACACAGACGUGGUGACCAGCGCUCCGGGCACUAUGACCUGCGGACGGGGAGGCCUGCAGUGGGUACCAUCCUAUGGCACAGAGGUGUAUCAGUGCAGUCUGCCUAAACCAGCCUUUCGCUUCACCCAGCUUCCUGAAAUGACGAUGGGUUCGCCUCCUCCUUUACCGCCUCGCACUGGGCCUCCUCAUGGGACCCCAUUAAGACGCUCCACUUCUGACUUGGGGCCUAAGGGAAGGAGCUCAGAGACAUCUGUCGCUGAAAUGCGGAGUCAACGUGACAACAACCCAUAUGGGCCAGCGAGAGCAGCACUCCCAUCCAUCACUGCAGAGCAGCCUGUGUCCAACUACUCAGGAAAUCCUAUAACAGCUGUCUACGCCAUCCCAGCCACCAGGUCUGGUUUCUCAGAGUACUUUGUCUCGACUCCACCCACCUCCUACCACAGCCCCUCCUGGAUGUCUUAUCCCCCUGAGCCUGAGGAUGUACCCCCACAGUGGGCAGACUCUGUGCCCCUGCCUGGGUAUGUAGAGGCCUUUCCUCACCCUCGGUACCCACAGGGAAGCCCCACCAGGCUGCCCCUGGAGUACAACCAGACACUGGAGCAGCCCCCCACUGCCCCGAGCACAGCAUCCCAGCAAAGUCUGCCCCAGGUGCUGAAGGACAUGGACGGCAGCAUGCCCCUGAGCAGCCUCUCCACGUCUGCCCUGGUGCAGGCCAUUCGACAGGAGGUGGCCAAGCUGGCCAAGAAGCAGAACGACAUGUUUGAGUUCUAGUUGUGACUCGGCCGCCCUGCGUGAGAGAGAGAGAGAUGGUUAGUUGUGCACUGGCACAUGGUGAUGGCACUUGUUCAGACUGAUUUUUCAUAUUUGUACUGUAAAACAGACUGAUCUUCUUUACACACUGAGCACCAACUGUUUGAUUUCUUUUCUCACACCAUUGGUGUUUUUUUUUUUUUUUUUUCCAGCUCCCGACUUAGGGGACAGAAAAGAUGUUUUUUCUUUUUAGAAAACUUUGCCAUCCUCUAUUGAUGAUGUCUCAAGUUACUACAUGCAUCUCUGUAGAUAUGUCUAUAGGAAAUGCUAAAUAUGGAAAUUAUAACUUUUUCCAGGUUCAACUUUUUUUUUUUUUGUGAAUCAACAUUAGUUGAGAAAACAGUAAAAAUAAUUGUGUGUACUGAGAGGACCAAAAUCUUCCUGUCAGGUGGGUAAGUACAAACCACAGUGUAUAUGAGCAUGUACAGUAUAAGGACAUCAUGUAUCUAAUCUCCUUUUAUAGACCUGUAGCUUCGACAAGACGGGCUACAUCAGUACCAUCUCAUACCAGCAAUCAUACUGAUGAUUUUUAUUUACUUAUUUCAUAUUAACAUACGUUAACCAUAAUAAAAACACAUGGUUUAUUAUUGUCUAGGUAUUUAAACUAUAGUUUAUUAAAUUAACAAAGUGACUAAACGGUAUAUAUGUACAUUUUUAGAGGAACCCAAUCUAACAUCAGAUCUUUAAUUUUAGCUCUGAUGA